AUGUCUGCUACAACUCUUUACGACCAGGGCCUCAAGGCGGCCGAACGCAAGGACUUUGCCGCCGCCGUGCCGCUGCUCACUCGCGCCAUCGAGGCCAGCGGCGCCACCCACCCCAACCCGGCCUGGCUGCUGACACGUGCCCGGGCCGAGAUGGGCAUACAGGCCUACCAGGACGCCUUGGAAGACGCCGACCGUGCGUACCAGAGCGCGCUGACGCGCCAGAGCGCACAAAGCGCCCGCUGGCUCGUGCAGGCGCAGUACCGGCGGGCCGUGGCGCUGGCGGCGCUGAAGCGGUAUGCCGACGCGGACGCAUGCUGCGUGUGGUCGCAGCAGCUGGCGGAGGGCAAGAAGUUCCGGUCGACGGGCGGCGGCAACGACAACGACGGCCAAGACGACCCGGACGAUGUGCGGCGCAACGUGGACAGCGAGGGGCGGUACCAGGCGACGCCGGCGGACCUGCCCAAGACGCUGGCACACAACCCGGGCCACAGCGCAGGGAGCGCCACCGCCACGGCCGCCACGGCCGCCACGGCUGGCGGGGGCAACACGCUGGCGGGCGUGCUGGGGCAGGCAAACAGCAACGACAGCACAAAGGCCGACUGGACGCAGGCGUACAUGUGGCGGGGCGUGGUGCUGCGGGAGCUGCAGAAGCUGCCGCUGGAGGACCCGGGGCGCAAGAUUACGGUGUCGCGGGUGCCGGCGCUGCCCAAGAAGCGGGCGGCCAGCGCCCCGGCGAAGGCGGCACCUUUGUCACCCGCCGCCGCAGCCACGGCUACGGCGUCUUCUGCGUCCACCGCGCCCACGCCCACGCCGUCCCCCCCCAAACUCCGUGUCGACAUGUACCAGACGCCGUCCACGGUCAACCUCACGCUGUACGCCAAGGGCGUCGAUGCCGCGGCGCUGCAGGUCACGGCGACCAGCGCCACACACAUCCAACUGGCGCGUCUGCCGGCAGCCGUGGCGGGCCCCGCGCAGACGGUGACGCUCGCACUGGCGGGGGCAAUUGCCACGGGCGCAGGGGCAGUGGAGACGCGGGUCACGCCGUACAAGAUUGAGCUCAAGGUGACCAAGGCGACGGCGGGCGAGAAAUGGGGCCACUGGGGCGAGCAGGUGCAGGGGGCGGGGGGCGAGGCAGCCAGCGGUGCGAAGGAGGCCAAGGCGAAUGUGCCGGCGGAGACGGCAACGGCGGAGACGGCAGCUCCAGCUCCAGCUCCCGCUCCAGCCACAGCCACAGCCACAGCCACAGCCACGUCCACAACAACCUCUGGCCCGGCAUACCCGACGAGCGCCAAGUCGGGCCCCAAGAACUGGGACAAGGUGGCCGACGACAACGACGACGACGACGCGGCCAAUGCCAACGUCGACGAUUUCUUCAAGAAGCUGUACGCGGGCAGCACGCCCGAGCAGCAGCGGGCGAUGAUGAAGAGCUUCACAGAGAGCAACGGCACGUCGCUGAGCACGGACUGGUCGACGGUGGGCAAGGGGCCUGUGGCCGUGGUGCCGCCGGAUGGUGUGGAGGCGAAGAAGUGGUAG